AUUAUUUCCACUGGAAUAAAUCUUAUCAUAUAAUUUUAAUCAGAUUUUCUCGAUUUUACUUAUAGUGUUAUUUUUUGCAUUUUUGUGUAAUUUUUGAAGCAAUCUAAACAAUGUCAAAGUUAUUUUCAGUUUAUUUAGUCUGUUUAUUAUUAUUUCUUCAAUCAAUAGCAAAUUCUGAACAGAGCACAUCUACUGUCCCUUCCACAAGCCCUCCUAUACCGUCUACAGACUCCACCCAAUCUACCACAGAUGAAACCAUUCCAUCUACCAUCUCUACUACCACCCAAUCUACGACAGAUGAAACCACUGCACCCACCACCCCUAGUACUUCAACUCCACUCACCACACCAACAUCAUCUACUUCAACUGAAACAACACCAACUACUGAAACGCCUGCUCCAACCACAAUUCCUCCCCAUAAAAUCACCGAAUCCUUCACAUGGAGCUCCACAAAACUCGAUCAAAAUCCGAUUGUUAUAACAGUUCCUGAUGGAUAUUUCAUUUCGGUAACCGUUUCGGGAGUUAAUAUGGCCAAUGGAAACUAUCUACUUAUUGAAGGAGGAAAAUCGUAUUCGGAACAAGCAACCAAUGGUCGAGUUUUUGCUAAUACAGUCGAAGGUCCUGUGAGUUAUUUGUUCAAAACUUCGGCUGUUUAUGCAUAUUGUGAAACAGCAAAUAAAAAUUCUGCCGAAGAGAAACCUUUGUAUGAUUUUGUGGCAGUGUUUGAAGUCGCUGGUGAUGGACCUACAACAACUGUAUCUACAACUUCAACGACUACAAUUAGUGUUCCUACGACGGAAAAGGGGGCUUCCACUUAUGUAACUGUGAAUAUUUCUGGAAAAGCCUUACAGGAUUACAACCAAGAAACGACAAUAAAUGAAUUUAAAGAAUGUGUUGUAACAAUGGCCACAAAUUAUUGCAAAGAUCAAAAUAUUUAUCUCACUCAUAACAUAACCAACGCUUAUGUGAUGAUAUCUGAGAUAACUCGUUGCCCUUACUCGUGGCCCCACAGCGAAACUUGUGUCCAAAUCACUUUUAAAUUACCUAUUUUUUACAACGAAUCUUCCAGCGUCCAAGAUUAUCAAUUAAAUACUCAACGUUUGGAAGAUAUGUGGCUACGUUGGGAUCAAUUAGACGAACAGUGUUUCAGCAAUCAUUCAUUUUCAGUUUAUGAGGAACCAGAUAUUCAGCAAUCAAUCGUUUGGUGGGCUAUUGGUAUAAGUGUUGUUUUACUUAUUUUCAUUGCCUUGUUGUGGUUUUUGAAAAGUUUCAGUGCGAAAGUUAAAUCUGCGAUUAGGAAAAGGAUGAGAAGACAUAGCGAUACAAAAUCGAUUAUUUCACAACGAGAGAGUUACAGUUCGUUGACUCCGCAUUAUCUGCAAGACCAUUUAGACACACCAAAGCUUUUUGAAGGAUAAUAAAUCAUUUUUAAACCGGUUUUGUAUUUUUACGCAAUAAGUGUACUGUUCUAGAAAUAUUUAAAUAGAAACAAUAUACAUAUUAUAACAAU